ACCUUCUGGGGCCAUGAAGCUCCCAGCUCCCUAUCUGGUGUGACGUGCUGACGCGCAAGUUUUAAUACUGUUCAGCGACUUUCACCGGCCGACUUGUUUGUGUCGCCAGCUCCAGCGAGGCUGCAGACUGCAGUACGAUCGACGUCCCGCCUUAUACGAGCGGCCGCAGUAUGAACGGCAGUUUUCACAUGCUCCUUACUUAGUUAGGGUAGUUUUUGCACUUGGAAAAUAUUCAGACAUCACUGGGAGCAUAUUUGUGUUGAAAGAGAAAAACUGGAUUUUGCCCGUCUAUAACCUUACCUUGCCUGGCUAGUAGUCGUUUGGGAAGGAGUGGCCGUCUGAGAGAUGGAUGUUUCGUUGGCCUAUCGCGAUUUGGACUUUGGAAGCUAGCGCUUGCAGGAGGAUAGUACGUCGCGUGCGUAAUCUGACCUGCCGCCCCGAGCCUGCACCUGCUCCCAUAUAAACGCGCGGGGAAACAGGGGCCGCCGGAGGGACGCCUUCCUUCCCUUCCUCCUUCCGUGUCGCUCUGAAGGAGAGAGCAGACGCCAAGGAGAGAAAGAGAGAUGCGAGCAAGGGACGACGCGCCAAUGGAGAGUAGGAUGAUCGCUGCCGCCCGUCGCUUCUUCUUCUUCGACUCGUCUUCUUCCUCGCUUCUGCUCUGCCUCCUGCUCUCGCUCCUCUCAGCCAACAAUGGCAUUGUAUCGGCGGCGACGGCGCCACUCAAGUUCGGCAUCAACUACGGCCAGAUAGCGAACAACCUCCCGCACCCGGCGCAGGUGUCCGGCCUCCUCCGGUCGCUUAACGUCAACAGGGUCAAACUCUACGACGCCGACCCGGCCGUCCUCACGGCCUUCGCCGGCACAGGCGUCGAGUUCACCAUCAGUAACGGGGAUCUCCUCAACAUGUCCGACGCCCGCAACGCGCGCGCCUGGGUGGCGCAGAACGUCCAGCCCUUCCUCCCGGACACCCGCAUCACCUGCGUCAUCCUCGGCAACGAGGUGCUCUCCGGCACCGACGCGGCCGCCAUGCAGAGCCUCCUCCCCGCCAUGCAGGCCGUGCACCAGGCGCUGGUGGACCUGGGCCUCGACGGCCAGGUGAACGUGUCGACGUCCCAGUCCGUCAACGUGCUCGCCAACAGCUACCCGCCGUCGGCUGGCGUGUUCCGGGAGGACCUCGCGCAGUACAUGCGGCCGCUGCUGGACUUCCUCGCCGAGGUCGGCUCGCCGUUCCUGAUCAACGCGUACCCGUUCUUCGCCUACAAGGCCAGCCCCGGGAGCGUGUCGCUGCCGUACGUGCUGUUCGAGCCCAACCCCGGCGCGCAUGACCCCGGCACCAACCUCACCUACGACAACAUGCUCUACGCCCAGAUCGACGCCGUGUACGCGGCCAUGGAGGCCAUGGGGCACAAGGACAUCGCCGUGCGGAUCUCUGAGACCGGGUGGCCGUCCGCGGGGGACGCCGACGAGGUGGGCGCCACUAUACAGAAUGCCGCCACCUACAAUGGGAACCUGAUGAAGAGGGUCGCGGCGGGCCAGGGGACGCCGCUCAGGCCGGAUGUGCCCGUGGACGUGCUCGUCUUCGCCCUCUUCAACGAGAACAUGAAGACCGGGCAGGCAUCCGAGAGGAACUACGGGCUGUUCUACCCCAACGGCACGUCGGUGUACGACCUCGGGUUCGGCGGGGCGUCGUUCGGCCCGUCGUCGCCGACGGCGUCGGGGUUCUCCGCUUCUUCCAAGCCGACGUUGCAGAUGCCUUUUCCGGUCGGGGUGGUUGUCCUGCUUGCAGCAUUUCUCUUGUAAUCACCAUCCACAAGUAUAUUUAGGCAUUUAGCUAUUGUGAUUGGUCACUAACCGAUAGUUCAGUUUGUGCCAACAUGCAUGGCACAUGAGAUCCGCUGACCGUACAUUGUUGUCGCACUAGGUAAUUUUAUCUUGAUUCUUGGCCA